UUUUAAAAUAUAAUGAAUAAUAUGAUCGACUGUAACCAUUCACCAAGUCUUAGUGAUGAGAGUGUUGGUGUGGAUGGAGAUAAGGAAUGCUUCAGUGGAGAGAGAUUGGAGGGCAGUAACAACUUGCCGGAGGAAGGAAUCACUUCAAUUUCUCCAGACUCCCUCGUAAACAAAGCCAGUACACUCUUAAGAGCACUGACGCUAUUCACGUCAUUCUCCAAAUUUGAUACACAAAAUUCGCCUCCCCCAAAAACAUCCAAAUUGUUUAAUGACUUCUCUCUCAAGCUUAGCAACAUGAAGGCCUGCCUCUCCCAGGCGAAGACUAGUGACUCAGAAGAGAAGCUUCCCGCCUUGAAGGAAGAGAUAGAGAGCAUCAAGGCCUCUAUUGGUGAAGAGCUGGCAAUGACUCCUCUGGGCCAAGCUUUGCUUUGGAACCUUAUUGAAAGAGAUAACUAAGGAUUCCUCUAUGAAGAUCUUUGAUGAACUGGAUCAUCGAUGCCAAGAUAUUGCCAAUCUUCAUGAAGUUAUUGCCCAAAAAGAUGCUGAAAUUCAAACACUUUCUAAACAAAUUAGAAAGUUGGCAAAAUUUAGGAGGACCUCGAGCUUAGUUUCAGAAGAGACGGAGGAUGGAGACUCUGCUUCUCAGUCUGACUCUGGUUCAAUGACUCAAUUAUCUCGUUCUUCCUCGUUGCUAAACAAAUUGAACUUAAAUACAAAAUCAAGAUUGACUUUGUGCUUAAACAAAGUAAGAGAUCUUAUGCUGGUGAAGGAACUUAAAGAACCUCUACAAAAGAUCAACACCUUGAGCUUCAAUCCAGGCCUCCUGGCACUAGAGGACGCCAAAGAGUUCUUGAAGAACUGUUUCCCUCUGGAGGUUGCAUCUUUCCAUUUUAACAAGGAUUCUCUUCUGAGGAAUGACCUUGAAAAAUUUUUGGAUGUCCUCUUACGCACCAAUGAAUAUGUUACAGAUGAGAUUGUCUUAUCCAAUUUUGUUAUUGAUCAAGACAGCUUGGUCAAGAUUCUCUCCAAUUUCAAGAAUAAAGAGGUCGUCUCUUUCAACUCUUGUAAGAUGUCUCUAUCAAAUCCUCCAGAAUUUGGAGACUCUCUUGAUGGAGCUACCCUAAAACACCUCUACUUGAACUUCUGAGGAGACAAAUCUCAUGGUGACUGGGCAUCCAAUCCCGCCCAUUUCGAGAACCUUAUCAAUGGGCUCUCUCAUUCUCCAGACCUGAAAGCCAGCCUGAAGGACAUCUGGAUGGAAGGCUCUGGCCUCAAAAAGGAUAAAGCCAGAGAUAUCCUCGAUACCUUCGGGUUCCACAGUACUAAAAUUUGGAUUCUUUACGGUUAAUUC